CAAACACUUAACACUUGCCAAAGCCGUCAUGAAUACUCAAAAUUAUUUGAAUUUACUACACUUACUGAUACUAUACUUACUGAUCUUACUGAUCCUCUUAACUGCAGAUCAUUCAAAGAUUGUCUCAUCUCUAACCUUUAAUCGAGCUAAGCGCCUUUCCGAUGCCAACUAUGACGAAGAAUCUUUUCGACUGGCACCAUAUGUGGUCUCUAUAAGGACAAGAAGUGUCCACAGGUAUUUCGGGGACAAUCAUUUCUGCUCAGGAGUUAUUGUGUCGCCAACGUUCGUUUUGACCUCAGCGCACUGCCUGAUAAACAAUCGGAGAGUUGUGUAUUCCAGUCGAGUACUGACCAUUGUAGCCGGGACUGUCAAUAGGCUCAAAUAUAUUCCGAACAGGACCUUUAUAUCUACUGUAGACAGUAUGAUGUUGCCCGAUAACUUCACAAUACUUAACAAACAGGAAUUGGCCAUUUUGAAGGUGACGACGGCAUUUCCGAGGAAUCAUAAAUAUAUUUCUUUAGCUAAAUUACCACUUGAACCGCCGACAGUGGGUCUCAAAUGUUCUGUCCCGGGCUGGGGACGAAUGUAUCGAGGUGGACCGCUCGCCACAUACUUGCUCUAUAUAAACGUGGAACUGAUAGAACCCCAAUUAUGCGCCAAAAAGCUGAACGUCAAUGCUGUUAACCUCUUGUGCGCCGAAGAAUUUGACCCCUCUAUUGCACAACAACCGUGUGGAGGUGACUGGGGAUCUCCAUUGUUACACGAGGAUACUGUCCACGGGAUCGUGAGUGUCCUUGUGGGAUGUGGCACCAACAUGCCGUCUGUCUAUACCCAUGUGUAUCCUAGUGUAAAAUGGAUCGAGGGAAAAAUAGUCACCAAUGGAGGUAGCAACCCACCUGUGACCCACAAAAUGGAGUAUUUUAUUAUAACACUUGUACAAACGGCGUCAUUUUUAUUUUUUGUAAUUAUAUAUGAAAAUGUAGAGACAAAAAUGUGA